AUGGACUCUUGGGAUAGAUUCAAUGAGCGCGCGCUACCACCAAUCGAAUGUUUCUACUCUCAUCUCACGAAAAAAUCAAUCGAUCAACAAUCUUAUGAUCGAUUGAUUGAUAUGUGGAAUCAUUUUGGUUGUGAAACACUGGGUGAAUUUCAUGAUAUUUAUUUGAAAAUUGAUGUGCUACUUUUGACUUGUAUCUUUCAAAAUUUCAGAGCUACAAGUAUUAAUCAGUUUGGCUUGGACCCAUGUCAUUACUUUUCAACACCAGGUUUAACAUGGGACGCCGCUCUCAAGUCAACGAAAAAUAAGUUGGAUCUUCUCACUGAUAUUGAUAUGAUUUUAAUGAUUGAAAAAGGUAUCAGGGGUGGUAUCUCUUGUGCAAUGAAGAGACACGUCAUUGCUAAUAACCGAAACUCUGAGAAUUAUGAUGAAACAAAACCCUCAUCAUACAUCACAUAUUUGGAUGUUAACAACUUGUAUGGAUUUGCACUGAACGAUGUCCUUCCCAUGAAGAACUUUUCUUGGGUGUCACCAGAUUUGUUUGAUUCUACAAUUGAGACGAUAAGAAAUGGUAAUUUGGAUGGUGAUACUGGUUAUAUUUUAGAAGUAGACUUGUUAUAUCCAAGUGAAUUACAUGACUAUCAUAAUGACUAUCCUUUAGCGCCUGAAAGAUUAUCAGUUAAAAUUGAAUGGAUGAGUAAGUAUCAAAAGGAUUUGGUUGCUAAAAUAGAAAGUCAAGGAUUAAAACGUACUGAAACUGAAAAGCUCAUCCCAAAUUUGUUUGAUAAACAUCAUUACGUCGUUCACGGUCGAAAUUUACGUUUCUAUCUUGACAAAGGAUUAAAAUUGAAUAAAAUCCAUAGAAUAAUUAGUUUUCAUCAAUCAGCUUGGUUAUCACCUUAUAUUCAAAUGUGUACAAGUAACAGACAAAAAGCGGCAACUACCUUUGAAAAAGACUUUUGGAAACUCAUGGUCAACUCAUUGUAUGGAAAAAGUAUAGAAGAUAAGAGGAAACAUACUAAAGUCAAGGUGAUACAGAAUGGUAAACAAGCUCUUCAACAAAUUCGUAAGCCAAUGUUUGAACAGUUUUUCAUCUUGGAAAAUGAUUUAGCCAUUGUUAAAUUACGAAAGUUUGAAGUCAAGCUCGAUAAACCGAUUUACUUGGGGUUCACUGUGUUGGAACUAUCUAAGUUACACAUGUAUAAACUUCAUUAUGAUUGUUUCCGGCCCAAAUAUGGUGAAAACUUAUCACUUGUAUAUACCGACACUGACAGUUUCAUAUAUCAUAUACAAACUCAAGACAUUGUAGCUGAUUUAAAAGAACUAGAUUAUAUCAUGGACUUUUCUGAUUAUCCAACAUCACAUAUUCUCCAUGAUAAUUCGAAUAAGAAAAAACUCGGGUACCUUAAAGAUGAGAUGAAUGGAGAAACCAUUGAUGAAGUUAUUGCCCUGAAAUCAAAACUUUAUGCUAUCAAAUAUGGAACUAGAAAAAAACUUACCGCCAAGGGAGUACAAAAGGCUGAAGUGAUUAAAUCCAAUGGUCUAUUACCAAAUGAAUCAAAAUAUAAACCUGGUCCAUACUCUGGAAUAUAG